AUGAAGGAUGGACAGGCAAAGCCUGGACAGAAGCUCCCAGGCUGUCCGACAGUCACUAUCGUCGGCGCUGGUGUCUCUGGCCAUUGUGCGGGUUACGAGCUGAAGAAGGCUGGGUUCAAGGUCAACCAUCCUCGAGGCUUCAUCGAGUCGUUCAAGGAUGCAUUUCUGUCGAGUAACAAAGGUGGCGAGCAAGCGGGCAUGAAGCAACUUCAAGAGGGGAUGGAUGCUGUGCCCAACGCUUUCGUCUCUAGCGAUAGAAAAGAAAAAUCGUUGGUUGACGAUAUCAUCUACGGUGCUCGAGUCACCAAGAUUGGUAACCAUGAACAAUCGGACCCUCGAAUCCCUCUUCAAGCUCCGGUAAAGGUGACCUAUGAAGUCACAGCCAACAGCUUGAAGAAAUCCAUCACCUCCGACUAUCUCAUCCUCGCCAUUCCCUACACUGCACAGCGAACAAUUGCCAAGCCAAAGCCCUUCGUUCCCAUGCAGGAAAUGGCAGUUCGAGACGUUCGCUACGUGGAAGUCACCAAGAUCCUCCUCCAGUACAAGAAGAGAUGGUGGGAGGAGGCCUUCACCAAAGCGGGCCAAGGUCUAGACGGCGGCUUUGUCAGCGAUCUCCCUAUCCGUCACACCAUGUUCCCCAAGACAAAAGAUAACACUCAGUUCGAACAUUAUAACCGCGGCGUCAUCAUGGCAGCCUACACUUUCGAGCAGGAUGUCACUAUUCUCGGUUCCCUCUCCCCCGAGCGAAGAAUCCAGAUCGCAGCUGAGAACCUCAGCAGGAUUUUCCCUGGAGUCAAGUCCCUUGAAUUUCUCGAAGCGGGGGCCUCGCAAGUCUUCCCAACUGAUGAGUUAACCGGUGGAAGCGCUUUCUGCUAUUUCGGCCGAAUGCAAAAAACCAAAUUCUUGGAUGUCAUGCAGAAGCCUGAUUGGGAGAACAGAGUUUUCUUUGCUGGCGAGCAGGCUAGCUUUACUCACGGAUGGAUUCAAGGUGUUUUUGAAGCUGGACUUCGAUGUGUACAGCAAAUCUGGUCUGUUGCUGUUGAGGGUAAGGCACAGUGA